UCCUCAAUCAUGACCAAGUCUCUCUCUUCAUCAUGACUAAGAAAACCUGAAACUGAAAGAAUCAAAAAUAAAAAUUUGAUGAAGUUGAAAAUUCCCUCCAUGUGCAGUUGAUCCACCCCAGUUUCUUUUCUUUCCUUCUCUGCUUUUGCUCUCACUUUCUCCCCUCCCAAACAUCCCAUAAAGGGAAAAACCUUUUGUUCCUUUUACCCUCAACAAUCUUAAAGCAGGAAGGAAGAGAGAGAGAGAGAGAGAGAGAAUGGCCAAUUGGGAGCUCAAGAGUUGCUGCAACCAUGACCAAAAGGUGUUUAUGGCCACAAUCGGUAUCUUCACUGUCGUCAUCCUUGCUUUAUGGAGGACAGUACUACUGAUGCCUUUCAAGCUCAUCACUGUAUUUUUGCAUGAAGCAAGCCAUGCGAUUGCUUGCAAACUUACCUGUGGUGAUGUUGAAGGAAUCCAGGUUCAUGCAAAUGAAGGUGGUUUGACACUGACACGUGGUGGUAUAUACUGGUUGAUCUUGCCUGCUGGAUAUCUUGGUUCAUCAUUUUGGGGAAUGGUUUUGAUACUCGCAUCCACAAAUCUCCUCACUGCAAAAAUAGCUGCUGGUUGUUUUGCCCUUUCUCUGUUUGUUGUUCUCUUUGUUGCUAAAAACGUAAGAUGCUUGUUACUAAAUUGAUAUUUCCUAUUUGUAGUCAAAUUCAGAUGCUAUUUUCUUUCUGGUUAUUUAUAUUUUUGAAAGAGAGGCAUCAAGCUUUAUUUUUGCCUGAGCUUUUAAGUCUUUUUCUGUGACUGCCGUUCAAACAGUGGACACUUCGAGGACUUUGUAUUGGUGAGUGCACCAUCUAUACUGUAUUGAAUUUUGUUCUUAUCGCCUGUAGUGCAUAGGCUUAUACAUUUUUCUUUUUUCCCUUUUUUGUGUUUGCAAUCUGGACUUUACAGGAUUCAUUAUUUUCCUUGUUGUAAUUUGGCUUCUGCAAGAAUAUACAAAAGUCCGUAUUCUACGUUACGUCAUUCUCUUCAUUGGUGUUAUGAACAGUUUGUUUUCAGUCUAUGACAUUUAUGAUGAUCUGAUAUCUCGAAGGGUCAACUCCAGUGAUGCCGAGAAGUUUGCCGAUCUUUGCCCUUGUCCUUGCAAUGGGGUCGGAUGGGGAGUUAUAUGGGGAAUGAUAUCCUUUGUAUUUCUUUGUGGAGCCAUGUAUCUUGGACUUGUCAUCUUAUCUUGAGGUUCUUGGAUAAGUUUCAAAUUCAUCUGGAUUUAGCAGAGCACAGAGUUGUCAGAUUCUUUGGUAUAUGCUGAAUGAUGCAUAUCAUAUUGUAUCAGAACAUUGUAAUUUGAUUCAUGUCACUGCUAGUGUUCUGUUGCACUGGCAGCUUGGCUUUAUUCUUUUAACCCCUUCCAUCUGGGGUUACAUCUCAUUUAAGAUCAGAUGUAAACUGAUACUGAUGUAUUCUGCUCUUGAUUAAUUGAGAUAUAAAAGUGACCCAAUUUU